CUACUACUGCCAGUAAAUCCAAGGGAGGGCCACAGGCUUCGGCCUCCUCAACACGCAUACCUUCGCCGAAAAAGCCCAACUCUAGCGUCAAGAAGGUCAGCAACUCCGAGUUUCUAGAGUUGCUGCGACCGCCAAACUCCUUCGACGGUACACCUAACAAGCCGCAAGUCCCGCGACUACCACCAUUAACACUGUCAACGCCCGAGAUGGUGGCCGAGCACACACCCUGCACUCUGCAUCACUCUGUACUCCCGCCUGAGCUAGCGUGUCGGCUGUAUUACACCCUUCUAUAUGCAAGCAAGGACUGGAGACGCACCAAAUGGUGGUUGGCUGAUCGCGUUGUGGAGAGCUCGCACAGCACGACUUUCUUCGUGCGUGCGACCGACCAGCCAAAAGACGACCUGGGCCAAGCGGCGCAAUUCUGGUAUAACGGCAUGAAAUGCGAUCCGCCUCUCACCUUCCCGGACCCUAUGGAGGAGGCCUGUCAGAUUAUCGAGAAAGUCGUCAACACCCAGAUGCACAAGCGCAGACGAUAUCCGCUAGAAUGGGGUGGCUACCCUGCCGAGGAGGGCGAAGAUGCUAUCAUAUGGCGUGCUAAUGUCGCAGCCUCAAACUGUUACGCUGGCGGAAAGGAGAGCGUUGGGCUCCACACCGACCAGUUGACGUGCUUGGGCCCUUAUCCCACCAUUGCAAGCCUGAGUCUCGGCGUGAGUCGCAUCUUUCGUCUCCGCGAAGUUGUACCCUUGGACGAGCGGGACACGCGAGCGGCCAGGACAUAUAACAUUCCGCUCCGACACAACUCACUCGCGAUCAUGCACGCAUCCUGCCAAGAAGUAUACAAGCAUGGCAUCCCACCCCAGCCUAGCAUCGACAUGUACCGUCCAUCGUUCCCUCCCCCGCCAUCCCUGACAGACGACAAGGAGGAGCUUUCGCGGCUUGAAGAUGCGUGUAAUGCUCGCAUCAACGUCACAUUCCGGUUCUAUCGUCCCGACUAUACCCCAAGCUCGACCCCGCUGUGCAAGUGUGGCGUCCCCUGCAUCCUUCGUCCGGACAUGAAGAACCGUUACGAGGACCUCUCGAAAGCUGUGAAGAGGACGCUCGUAGCAAAGUAUUGGUGGACAUGCUACGCGGGCGUGCAGAACGACGGGAAAGGUUGUGACUACUGGAGAGUCAUGGAUGUGAAGGCAGAAGGGAGAGGGCCGUUUGUCGGG